AUGCCCACCCAGCCGAAUGAAAGCCAACGCAGGGCCACUGGCAGCGAAAUGAGCGGAGAAGUUCCCCCUCCAUACAGUGAAUUGCCUCCAACGAACAACAAUACGCGCGGUCCCUAUCUCAGUAAUCAAAACCAACGCAGCCGACGCACCAGCAGGGAUGCCUAUGCUCCUUCAAACAACAUACCAAGUGAAAGGAGUCCUCUGAAUGGAAACACACGCAACACACGGCCAGCAUAUUCCACCUUCAGUAGCUACACUUUUGUCCACUUGGCUACCAGCGAACGAUUCAAGCGGCGAGCUGUACUAUGGCCCAUCGUCUUUAUCUUUAUGGUUUUCAUGUUAGUGGGAUCCGUGAUGAUGCAGACGGUGCGCUUACAGCAGUGCAAGUUGUCACUUAUUCCCAAUCCGGAGCAGAGGGAAAUGGCACGACGAGAAUGGGAUCGGGAGCGCGUAGCUCACCAACAGGAAGUCUCCGGAUGGAAUCGCGAUCGCGCUGCGCACGAGAAGGAGAUGGCUAAGGUGCGGAGCGACUGGAACCAGGAGAGGAUGGACCACCAACGCGAGCGAGACCAAUGGCUGCGCGAACGCAAAGAGUGGGAGCAGAAAGUCGAGGAGAGGAAAAAGCAGUGUGUCGCCUUCGGCACUCGUGAGUACGUGGCGCAGCUUGGGUUCAAUCCCAUGACAACAUGCAAGGAGAUGCCGCUCAAUAUUGAGGAUCAAGUUAUGGACCCUCUUUUGUGCCAAGUGAGGGGUAAGAAAGAAGUUGAAGGCCAUUGGCACGUGGAUGGUGAACCUGGAUGUAUGCCCUACUGGGGUAGUGUGGAUGAUAAGGGAUGUGUGGCUCCUGGAAUACAUAGCUGGGAGGCGCGUCUCUGGGAUCUUUCUCAAGGGGAUAAUUGGCUUGCAAUCUGUAGCACCGCUCCUGCUGAUAUUGCAGGCAGGCAUUUUGAUAGCCCUACAUCUUGUCAGGACCGAGGUUUCUUCAACGGCAUCGUUGGGGUGUUCCAUAGCGCUGAUCCGAGUUGCUGA